AUGCCGCUGCUCACUGCCAUUCCACCCACAGUGCAGUCACUCAGUCCUCCCCACCCGAAUGCUCAGGUCCCAGUGAUGAUGGAUCACCAACACAGCCGUGCUAAUGCUGCAAAAAUUGGACACACAAUCGCAACACCACCACACGCAACCUCCCUUUGUCUCUCCUGCACCUCAGCAGUCAUCCUCCUCGACAUCGACAUCGACAUCGUCCUCCACCUCGACCACCUCGCCCAGACCCCCCCUCUCGCGCCCUACCUCAAUGAAACGGAAACUCGCAGAGGUCACAGGUUUCGACGGCCAUCUGCAGCCUCCACCCCCCCCCUCGCCUCCCCCAGAUCCAUGCCCGCCCCCCUCCCCCGCCACGGAAAGAUCCCGCCACUCAUGUCCGCCUCGCGCCCAAAGAGCUUCCGCGCCAACGCCUCCAUCGCGCUCAUUGGCCUGCGUGGGGUCGGAAAGUCUACCAUAGGUGUCAUCGUCUCCUCCACCCUCCGCCGCCGCCUCAUCGACGCCGACAUGCACUUCUUCCAGGACACGGGCAUGGCCGCCGCCCAGUACGCGACGGCCCACGGCUGGCCCGCAUACCGCGCAAAGGAGGCCGACAUCCUCGCCGACAUCCUGCGCGACCACGACACGGGCGCCGUCAUCGUGUGCUCGAGCGGGUGUGUCGAGAAGCCGGGCUCCCGCGCCCUGCUGCGCGAGUGGAUGGAGCGCCACCCCGUCGUGCAUAUCGUCCGGCACGAGAAGGAGGUCGAGGCAUACAUCAGCCCGCAACCGCCCGCUGCCGCACAGGGGCAGAUGCAGCUGCAGGUUCCGGGGGCAGCCGCCGGCCCGGUGUCGGCCUCGGCCCAGACGCUACGGAGACUGGCCGCAAGGAGGGAGCCGAUGUAUACCGUGUGCUCGAACUUUGAGUUUUACAACAUGUGGGACAAGCAGCUGCAAGCCACGAGCGGAAAGUCCUCGCCCUCGUCCCCGACGUUGAAGAAGGUCGAGCAGGACUUUCUCAGGCUGCUCAACUUUGCCUUCCAGCAGGAGAUGGCGCCGUUGAUUGUGUGGGACCGAAACAGCCCUCACCCGGCCUCUGCGGCUGCGUCGACGGCGCUCGAGGAUAGAUUGUAUGCCUAUGCCCUUGUGCUGCCUCCCAGCGCCUCUUUCGGCCCCAUUGACGGCGGCCGCAUUGACAUUGACGAGCUGGGCGCGACGGUGGAGGCGUUUGACCUGAGGAUCGACCAUCUGCUCCACUCGGGGAUGCCCGUCGGGGACAACCCGGCCACCCUCCGGUUCGUGAGCGAGCAGUUUGCCCAUGUCCGGAGACAGUCCCACCUCCCCAUCAUCUACCAUGUGGGCACAGCCAACGAGGACGGAUCGUACCCUGCGCAGCCCACCGAUGCCAGGGGCGAGGACGACUACUUUAACCUUCUCCACCACGGCCUCCGCCUGGGCGCCGAGUAUCUCGUCGUGGAGCUGCAGUUCAGCGACCAGCGAAUCCGCGAGCUGGUGGCGUCGAGAGGCGCAACCAAGAUCAUUGGCUCGUACCACGAAAACUCGGGCGCGGUGGGCUGGGGCAGCCCGGAGCGAAUGAAGAUGUACGACCGCGCCGCGCAGCUGGGCUGCAACAUUGCCCGCCUGACGCAGCGGGCCACGAGCCAGGGCGACAACUUUGCCGCGAUCUCCUUUAGCUGGGAGGUCAAGCGGCGGCGCGACGCAGCAGCGGCCACCGCGCAGCGGCAGCCAAGUAGUAGCAGCCUGCCCCCCCUGAUCGCCUUCAACACGGGGAAGCUGGGGCGCAUGUCGCGGUUCAUGAACCGGGUGCUGUCGCCCGUCACGCACCCGCGCCUCGUCGAGUACCAGAAGGAGCAGCAGAUGACCGUCGACGAGGAGGACGCCAUCACGCCGCGGGAGGCGCUGAUUGCAAUCCACGCGUGCUCGCAGGCGGCGUCGAUCAACGAGCUGCUGCACAUUGUGCAGGACCCAAACUUUGGCGGCGCCUCGGUCACGCUCCCGUUCAAGCUCGAGAUCAUCCCGCUGCUGCACAGCAUCUCGGACCACGCCCGCGCAAUCGGCGCCGUCAACACAAUCAUCCCCAUCGACACUGACCACCGCGGCGGGGGGAGGGCGCACCCGGGCCUGCACGGCGACAACACGGACUGGAUCGGCAUCCGCACGUGCACGCUGCGCUACCUCACCCCCGUCAACGCCAUCACAGCCCGCACCAGCGCGCUCGUCGUCGGCGCUGGCGGGAUGGCCCGCGCGGCAGUCUACGCGCUGCAGAAGCUCGGCGUCGAAAACAUAUUCAUCUACGGCCGCUCCGUCAACCGCGCCGCCGACCUCGCGCAAUACUUCAACUGCCGGUCACGCAGCAGCAGUCUGGCCGUGCCGUCCACCACGGACUCCCCCGAGGCGGCAUCAAACGCCAGCAGCCCUACUAACGCCGCCAACAGGAGCACCGUGCGCGUGCUGCCGUCGCUCGAGCACCGCUGGCCGGAGGACUUUUGGCUGCCCAGCAUCGUGGUCAGCUGCAUCCCCGCCCACAGCAUCCAGGGCGCGCCCCCCGCAAACUUUACCCUCCCGGAGGCGUGGCUGGCGUCGCCGACGGGCGGCGUCUGCGUCGAGCUCGCGUAUAAGCCGCGCGUCACGCCGCUGCUGCGGCAGGUGCGCGCGCUGGCGCAUAGGGGGUGGAUCGGCGUGGAUGGAUUGGAGGUGCUGCCGGAGCAGGGGUAUGCGCAGUUUGAGAUGUUUUUGGGGAGGCAGGCGCCGAGGAGGGUGAUGAGGGAGGCGGUGGAGGCGGCGUAUGAGGAGGCGAGGAGGGCGAGUGCGGAGAGUGCGGCGAGGUCGGGGGCGGCGGGGCCGGCGAGUGAGGGGGAGUUGGGGGAGGGAGGUCAAGCAGGGACUGAGAGGGUGGGGUUGGGGGUGGAGGGAUGGAGGGGCGAGGGCGAGGGGGAGGUGCGUCAUGCCGUGUCACUCGAAACCAUAUAUACUUACCCCACAACCCGGUGGAUGUCUUUCGUAGAGAACCUGCAUUCUGGUACGUGGGAUACAGGUGACAGCUCUCCACAUACGCCUGGUCCGAUGACAAUGUCCUCCUUUGGUAUAUAUAUCAGGCCGGCAACGCAGCUAGCAAGAAUACGGUGUUCUCCUCCGUAA